AUGUCCCAAAACAGACCUGCUGCCUUCUCUGGCCUGCGAAUGGGAGAGGUCAUUCGGGAAAAAGUGCAGGAUGGCUUGACAGGGGAGACAAGAGAGAUGCAGUAUACACAAUGUAAGAUUGUGGGGAACGGUUCUUUUGGAGUGGUGUUUCAAACAAAACUAUCACCCAACGGCGAUGAUGCCGCAAUCAAGCGUGUAUUGCAAGAUAAACGGUUCAAGAACCGUGAGUUGCAAAUCAUGCGCAUCGUGCGGCACCCAAAUAUUGUUGAGCUCAAAGCCUUCUAUUAUUCGAAUGGCGAGCGGAAAGACGAGGUCUACCUCAACCUUGUCUUGGAGUUUGUUCCAGAGACAGUUUACCGGGCCUCAAGAUACUUCAACAAGAUGAAGACUACGAUGCCCAUAUUAGAAGUAAAGCUUUACAUCUACCAGCUUUUCCGAUCUCUUGCAUACAUUCACUCGCAGGGAAUCUGCCAUCGAGACAUCAAGCCCCAGAAUCUCCUGCUCGACCCUGCAUCAGGUGUUUUGAAGCUGUGUGACUUCGGUAGCGCGAAGAUCUUGGUCGAGAACGAGCCCAAUGUCUCGUACAUUUGCUCGCGGUAUUAUCGUGCUCCUGAGUUGAUAUUCGGUGCUACGAACUAUACUCCCAAAAUCGACGUAUGGUCCACGGGUUGUGUGAUGGCGGAACUGAUGCUGGGACAGCCGCUUUUCCCUGGAGAAUCGGGAAUAGAUCAGCUAGUCGAGAUCAUUAAGGUCCUUGGAACCCCAACACGGGAGCAGAUCAGGACUAUGAACCCGAACUAUAUGGAGCACAAGUUCCCACAGAUCAAGCCACACCCCUUCUCGAAGGUAUUCCGCAAAGCUUCAACGGAAGCCAUUGAUCUUAUCUCAAGACUCCUAGAGUACACACCAACACAGCGUCUCUCAGCAAUCGAGGCUAUGUGCCAUCCAUUCUUCGAUGACUUGCGUGACCCAGCGACCAAAUUGCCCGACUCCCGCGGCAGUGGUGGUGUGAGGGAUUUGCCCCGUCUAUUCGAUUUUACUAGGCACGAGCUCUCUAUUUCGCCUGAGCUUAACGAGCGGCUGGUACCGCGUCAUGCUCGCCCGGCAUUGCUAGCACGUGGCAUCGAUAUUGACAACCUGGUUCCGAUGACUAAAGAGGAGAUGAUGGCCAAACUGGAUUGA